CCCUGUUACGUGUGUGAAUACUGCAGCUGCUGUAUGUGUGCGAGACAGAGACUCCGCCUUGGUAAAUCUCAUUGCUUUCAACUCUAGUCUGCACAAAGGGAGGAGGAUCAUUUUUAUCUGCUACCCUCUCAGUCCUGGUUGCAGCUUUGAGUGUCCUUCUCUUCUCUGGGUGCCUUUUCUCCCUUUAAAUCUCUCUCUCCUUAAACCUACCCCUACCUCUGCUUAUCCCCCCCGUCUCUCUAUCCCUGCUUCUGGUCCUGCCUGGCACUGACGGCAUGUUUUAUGAAUGAACAUUGGACCUCGAGAGAAGCUCAGGGCUUUAAAGUCACCACUGGGAAGCUGCUGGCGAAGGAACGGGCACGAUAUUUUUGAACGGGAACAAAAGGGGGAGAGAGCGAGAGAGAAAAAAAGGAACCGGAGCUGGUGCCAAGUUUGUUACCUGGCUGUGUCUGAACCUGCGGGAGUGCCUGCAAGGAUUCUGAAGCUGAUGACCUGGAGAAGACUUGUUUGAUCCAGUCACCAUCUCGAGCCUUUCUUGGUGAAGUAUUACAUUGGACAGCUACGUCGCUGGGAUUCCCCAACUUGAAACAAUUGCAAGGUUGCCAACCAUCCAGGAUUGCCCUGGACUUUCGGGGAGUAGAUGUCAUGGCGGCCUCAGUAUCGCACAUCAAAAUUCCGUCACGUGUAUGGCAAGCCUGCUACAAAGGAGAAUUGCUACGACGGGGUCCCCAUCACCAAGAGUGUUCAAGACAACUAUUUCUGUUCUGUGAAUCCAAAGUUCAUCGCGGUAGUGACUGAGUGUUCAGGAGGUGGAGCUUUCUACAUCAUUCCCAUUGGCCAGACAGGAAAAAUAGAUCCACUUCAGCCAAAAGUCUGUGGUCACAGAGGAAAUGUACUGGACCUCAAAUGGAAUCCAUUUGAUGACUACAUCAUUGCUUCUAGCUCUGAAGAUAGCACAGUUAGAGUAUGGGAAAUUCCUAAAUGUGGAGUCUUAAAAAACAUAAUUAACUCAAAGCUGGAACUUCAGGCUCACUCCAGGCGAGUUGGACUCAUCGAGUGGCAUCCAACAGCCAAGGAUAUUCUGUUCAGUGCUGGUUACGAUUACAGGGUUAUGAUUUGGAACCUGAAUUCGGGAGAGCAAGUGAUUCAUAAUCCAGUGAAAAUCUUGGACUGCCACAAAGAUGUUGUUCUCGCCAUGUCUUUCAACACAAAUGGCAGUCGCAUAGUGACUUCCUGCAAAGAUAAGAAGAUGCGAAUCAUUGAUAGUCACACAGGAAAGGUUUUACAGGAAUCCAAUUCCAAGUCCCACAAGACCAAUAAAGUUCUGUACCUUGGCAAUUUGAAGAUGGUGAUAUCCACUGGCUAUUCCAAAUGGAAUAAUCGACAAGUUACCCUCUGGGACGAGGACGACCUUUCUGUACCUUUGCGAGAGGAGGAUCUGGACGGAUCCUUGGGAGUGCUUUUUCCAUUCUAUGACCCUGACACGUACAUGCUGUACUUGGCAGGAAAGGGUGAAGGAAACAUCAGAUACUACGAAUUGAGCUCAGAGAAACCUUAUCUACAUUUCUUGAUGGAUUUUCGCUCUUCAUUACCUCAGAAAGGAAUGGGUGUAAUGCCAAAGAGGGGCCUGGAUGUCUCGAUCUGUGAAGUCUUCAGGUUCUACAAAUUGGUGACAACGAAGAGCCUUAUCGAGCCCGUCUCAAUGAUUGUACCUCGACGGUCUGAAUCGUACCAGGAUGAUAUCUAUCCAAUGACAGCUGGAGCACAGCCAGCAAUGACUGCACAAGAAUGGCUCAGUGGAGCCAAUAAAGAUCCUGUAUUUGUCUCCUUAAAGCCUGGUUUUAACACCCCACAGUCUUCCCCUCUGAAAAUGGGAAGUGGGCAGUGGGACCCAUCUAGACACACUAAAAAAGAACAAAUGACAAAGAAUACCUAUCCAGAAAUUCAAGAACAAAGGAACGCAGAGAAAGUACAAGAUCAGAAGAGCCUCAUGACAAAUGGUUAUGAUCUGUCACAGUGUCCAGUUCCUAAAACAGAGAAUGAGGUAUGAUGAAAUACGAAUCCAAAAAGAAAUAU